CUCUCUCUCUCUCUCUCUCUCUCUGUUCUUGUCGUUGUGUGCUGGGUUCUGUUGGGUUUGAAUGUAAUGGCCGAGGAAAGAGUUGUCCAUGUUCUGGUCGUCGAUGACUCCUUGGUUGACCGCACCAUAGUUCACAAGCUCCUCAAAGCCUCCGCCUUUAAAGUUACUACUGUAGAGAGUGGGAAGAAAGCGCUAGAGGUUCUUGGAAUGGAAGAAGAGAAGCUUGACAAGCCAACUGUUAAAGAUCAUGAUGUUGACAUAAUCCUCACUGACUAUUGUAUGCCUGAGAUGAAUGGGCAUGAUCUUCUAGUUGCUAUAAAGGAUGACAGCCACAUGAAAUCAAUUCCGGUGGUCAUAGUGUCUUCUGAAUUUAAUCCACAGAGGAUCAACAGGUGUCUCACAGAUGGUGCUGAAGAGUUCUUGCAGAAACCUCUGAAAGUGAAAGACUUGGAGAAGCUAAGAAGCUAUGUAAAUCCAGCAGUUCCAGUACCCAAAAUAGGUACAAAACAAAAAGCCGUAGUUGAUCUGAUGCCAGAAAGUAAUGAAGCGGAAAGACUGCCCCACCUUGCUGGAGUUGCUGUUGCAUAAUCUAAUAUCAGUAAUCCUGUAAUGGGGGGUCUCCAAUUGCAGCUAGCUGGUUCCCACAAGGAAUUUUCAGGGUGGCCUGUAUAUAGAUUGAGGUUUUUAGCUAGAUGAUCUCGUCUUCCUUUUUGUUGGUGUUUGGUGAUGCGAGUUUUGUUGUAGAAAGGUGCUUCUGUGAUGAUUGUAACAUAGAUCCAUUCCUUUGAAGUAUGAAUGAAUAUAUUGAGCGAAUGACUGCACUUGCUUGUUCCUAUCGACUUUGUUCGUGAUAUCGAAAUUGAAUGUAGUAGUUGUCUAGAACUAGUGGCUUUCAGAUCGGUCCUUGGUCUUCUGUGAUGCAGGGGACUCUUAGCAGGC